CGGGCCCCUUUGGGUUGCGCUUCCCGGCACCCGGGUCCUUCCAUCCCUGCCCCGGUUCUCUCCGUCCCAUUCCACUGCUCCGAGUCCUGAGGCUGCCUGAACUACCUUGGACGCCCCUUUGCCUUGGCUGGCCUUUGGAGCGCGCCCCUGGGUGAGUGUGCCGGGACGAUGGUUAAGAAAUGACGGCGUGUCCGAGGCAGCGGGCGGCAAGAUGAGCCGCGCAAGACAGGACGCGAUCGGGGUCCACGCCAGGGCCCGGGGUCAUCUGACCGGUCUUCGGGCACAGGGACCGAGCUGGCUUGUGUUUCACAUUUCGUUUACAAAACCGCAGCCUGGGAGGCCUGGGGGGGCGCGGCCCGCUGCGCAUCGCGGAGCGCAACAGGCAGGUAGGAGUUUACUUUCAAAAGCGCCGGGGCGGAGCAGAGGCGUGCAGCCAGUCCCAGCCGGAGGAGGAGUCCCUGUCCCGGAGAAGCGCGCCGUGCCCGGGCAGCACCGGUAGGACCUCAUUUCAUCCCGCAACCAGUGAACUGCCCUCAAAUUACGCGCCCAGAGAAAUGGAAGCAGGAGUGGGGUGGAGUCGCAACCUGGAGGCUCGGUGAUGAGCAGGGAAGACUUGGAGCCGGGCAGUCUCAGUUUUCACUUCUCCUAACCGGGUAUGAUGCCCAUACAGUGAAGAGUCCUGUUGAAGGCUAGCAUCCCUGAGUCCCACAAGGCUUUAGGAGCUAGUAGGUGAGACUGCCCGUGGGAAAACAGUGCCUGCUGCAUCAUCACCAGAGGAAGUUCGCCAUUGCUAUGGAUACCGAAUCCACAUAUUCUGGAUACUCCUACUACUCAAGCCAUUCAAAAAAAUCUCACAGGCAAGGGGAAAGGACACGAGAAAGACACAAAUCUCCGCGGAGUAAAGAUGGCAGAGGGUCAGAAAAGUCUGUCACUAUCCAGGCUCCCACUGGAGAACCCCUGCUGGCAAAUGACUCUGCCCCCACAGGCGCAGAGGAAGUUCAGGAUGACAACUGGGGAGAAACCACCACAGCCAUCACAGGCACGUCGGAGCACAGUAUAUCCCAAGAGGACAUUGCCAGGAUUAGCAAGGACAUGGAGGACAGUGUGGGGCUGGAUUGCAAGCGCUAUCUGGGCCUUACCGUCGCCGCGUUCCUUGGACUUCUUGUGUUCCUCACCCCCAUUGCCUUCAUUCUGCUGCCCCCGAUCCUGUGGAGGGAGGACCUGAAACCCUGUGGCGCCAUCUGUGAGGGACUUCUCAUUUCUGUAUCAUUCAAACUGCUUAUUCUGCUCAUUGGAACCUGGGCACUCUUCUUCCGCAAGCAAAGAGCGGAUGUGCCGCGGGUGUUUGUGUUCCGAGCCCUGUUGUUGGUCCUCAUCUUCCUUUUCGUGGUUUCUUACUGGCUUUUUUAUGGGGUCCGCAUUUUGGACUCUAGGGACCAGAAUUACAAGGACAUUGUGCAAUAUGCGGUCUCCCUUGUGGAUGCGCUGCUUUUCAUCCACUACCUUGCCAUCGUUCUGCUGGAGCUGCGGCAGCUGCAACCUAUGUUCACGCUGCAGGUGGUCCGCUCCACCGAUGGCGAGUCCCGGUUCUACAGCCUAGGACACCUGAGCAUCCAGCGAGCAGCGUUGGUGGUUCUGGAAAACUACUACAAGGACUUCACCAUCUACAACCCAAACCUUCUAACGGCUUCUAAGUUCCGAGCAGCCAAGCACAUGGCUGGCCUGAAAGUCUACAAUGUAGACGGGCCCAGUAACAACGCCACUGGCCAGUCCCGAGCCAUGAUUGCUGCGGCUGCUCGGCGCAGAGACUCCAGCCACAACGAGUUGUACUAUGAGGAGGCUGAACACGAGCGGCGGGUGAAGAAGCGGAGAGCAAGAUUGGUGGUGGCAGUAGAAGAAGCCUUCAUCCACAUCCAGCGUCUCCAGGCUGAGGAGCAGCAGAAAUCCCCUGGUGAGGUGAUGGACCCCAGGGAGGCUGCUCAGGCCAUCUUCCCGUCCAUGGCCCGGGCGCUGCAGAAGUACCUGCGAACCACGCGGCAGCAGCACUACCAUAGCAUGGAGAGCAUCCUGCAGCACCUGGCUUUCUGCAUCACCAACAGCAUGACCCCCAAGGCUUUCCUUGAACGAUACCUCAGUGCUGGCCCCACCUUGCAGUAUGACAAGGAUCGCUGGCUCUCGACACAGUGGAGACUUAUUAGUGACGAAGCUGUGACGAACGGGUUACGGGAUGGAAUUGUUUUCGUCCUUAAAUGCUUGGACUUCAGCCUCGUAGUCAAUGUGAAGAAAAUCCCGUUCAUCGUACUCUCUGAAGAGUUCAUAGACCCCAAAUCUCACAAGUUUGUUCUUCGCUUACAGUCUGAAACAUCGGUUUGAAUGUCUAUAUUUGUGGCUUUAUGAAAAAAGAAGAAUAUAUAGAGAGAUAUAUAUGUCUGGGGGAGUCCUUUUAUAAAGAUUUUUUAAAUUUUUUCAAUGCUGACUGAAGCUGGCAGAUGAUAGACCAGUAUCCUUCGACCAUCUGCACUUUAUUUGGAAGGGAGCAGGAGAUGUCCACCCUGACGAGUGACUGGUGGCAUCUGUCUUUAAUAGAUGAGACUUCUGAAGAAGCUGUUCCCUGGACUUUCUGUGACAGCUGUAAACCAAAGUGUAGCUGCUGUGUCCUUGGGAGCCUUGCCUUACUGGUCCCUGCCUGUCGCCCAGAGCCACGUCCCCUGGUGCAUCUGGUCGACCCCCUCACAGAUUAUAGGGGACUCAGUUUUAUGGUUCAGGAAACCAGACACUACACAUCCACACGUGUUUGUACACGCAAUUAUCCCAUACCACCACACCAUCCUGGGGAGUGGUAGGCAGUCCAGGAAAUGCCCACCACCUGUAUCUGUAUCUUCGUUGCCUUAGAUUCCACAGAGAAAGAGCUCUACAGAAAAUGUGUACUGCUGGGUUGUAGCUGUUAAGUGAUUUGCUUUCCAUUUUCCAGAGAGAGAGAGACCUACUUGCCCUGUUCCUGGCCUGUUCCUCUGUUGGUGUGAAGCAGGUCUUCUCUAGUCCUGGGACUGCCCAUCUGAACUCCAUUGUAGCCUACUUUGAGCACCCAGACUACAGCCCUACCUGGUGGGCAGUCCUGGUGAGGCUAGCUUGGUUCUCCAGAGCUGACAGGGACUCAGUUUUCCAGUAUGCCCACAAACUUUGCACAGCCUCUCCCUCUCCCAGUCUUUUUUCCAAAGUAAGCCCUGACCCUGGGGAGCCAUUUAGCUGCAGAGCCCCCAUUAAGCAGCAGCAGGAGCCUCAUUACCCAUUCUUCCUUAGCCCUGCUUCUCACAGACCAGGAGAGACCAAUACUGUGACUCUCAGUCGGCAGGUGCCCCCUGGAGCCAUCCAGUUUCCCAGGGAGACGAGUAUUCACACAGCCCAUGUGCCAAGCUGCCCUACCGCGGGAGACCAAACAGUGCCCACCAAGCUGGCAGCUACUCUGUCCCAUCCCUGCGGUUUGUGCCUACGGUCACUGUGCAACGUACUGCAAGGGAAUAGGCUACUCUGCCCUUGCUGUAUAAAUCGCCCUUAAUUAUUGGUCAGAAAGGAAAACGGGGUGCUGGGGAAAGGGAGAGUGGGGGGUCGGUGUUGCAAUCCAGCAGGCCUCUUCUGGUUUUGUAGCUGGUUUCAGAGGACUAUCCCCUUAAAGUCCUGUUUAGACAUAGGUGCCUCCUGGCAGAGCCCUGUGGAGGGGAGUGUCCAAGGAGCCAUGUCCUAAAACCUUUAAGUAGGCUUUCUUGGUCUCUCUUUGCCUGCCGAUAUCUGAAGCAAUGAUUCCCCAAGUAUUCACUCUUUCCUUUCCCGGCUUCAGGGAUCCUGUUUCAGGAAAGGAGAACACUGUCAUCUCUGGGCCCAUGCUUGUGUAGCCUUCCCAUUUAUACAUUCCAUAAAUCACACUUUUAUUUGUCAUUAAAAAAUUAAAAUUCUCUUGUGAUAUUUGUAAUAUACCUUUACUUGGAAACGCAAGCGUUCUUCUUCACUUCGUGGCUUUUAGCUAAGGAAGGAGAAUCGCAUGGGCGAGGCACAGAGCCAAGGUGGCCCGUGUUAAUAGCUUGGCUCUGAGGCACACCUGGUGGAACCACGGUGCUUUGGUCCUGGUUUUUCCCUUUAGGCCCCUUCUGACUGGAAGUUCCUCAUGAUGUCUUUCUCAGGAAUAUUUUAGGAGAUAAGGUAAGGGAUGGGUAGUCUGUGAGAGACUGUCUCUGUGUGGAGGGUGACGUCACAGAGUAGCUGCUCAGCCACAAAUACUGUGCCAUAGAUGUAAGUAAUAUGGCGUUAAAUGUAGCACUACUCACCAGUGCUUUAAAAUACUGUGCUUCCAACACUGUCUUAAAUUGUGGGUCUCUAAGGGGUUAAAUUGGAGUUAUGUAUUGGUAUGUGCAUUCCCAGCAGGGCAAGAAAGUUUUAAAUUAAGAAGUUAAUUUAUUUUCUCUCCUGCCCCCUCUCCCUCUAUGACUCUUUGCAUAGUAGAAUUUCAGACUUCCUGAAAUUAUUGCUUUGGUUGUAAAUUGAAUAUCGAUUUUUUUCAAAACAUGAAGUUUGCAUUGAUUCCUUGCUGAAAGGAAAACAAAACCAAGGGCAAAUUAAGCUCUUGUGCUCCCAGCACCCUGACAGCUCAGGUUGCUAGUCAAGUGGGAACCACGUGAAUGCUAUUUUAAAAAGAAAUGUAAAGGUGCAGAAAGCUGCGUCUCACAAUCGAAGACAAUAAAUGUUUAUGUCAUUUCUUGGACCCCAUAGCCUAUUAUUAUUAAUGGAUAUAAACUGUGCCCUAAGGCUAGUAGGAUGUACGAUCCUAUUAGAUUACACAAGAUUCCAUUACCUUAAAUACUUAUAGAUUUUUCCCCUAUAACUUUCAACCUAAGUUAGUAAAAUUCUAACAUUAAAUGUGAAAGAACUCAGUGCAGCGUGUAUGUCCAAUAUUGCUGUGAUUCUACAAAAUUAGACAACUUUUGUUCAAAAGUGUGUGCUUUAAAAAAAGGUAGUCUUUAGUAGUCCAUGAAUUGACUUCAAAAAGUCUGCACCAUGGGGGUUAGAAUAGAUUUUAAAGUUACAAGUCUUAUUCAUCCUUAGGUUAUCCAUGAUAUAGGCUAAAGUUCAUAAAGUAAGCCUCAGAGAAAAUGCUUAACCGUCAUUUCCUCCCAACCAUUAUUGUCUCCCUUUCUCCCUCUGACUCUUCCUUUUGAGAUCUGCAAGAAGACAGAUUCUUUACAGUAGAAAGUGUGAUUUCAGUGGCCUGGGUAUGUUCAUCACAAUUCGUUGUUAGGAGCAUGGGGCUCCUUUCUACGAAUGGGGAGACUGGCCAUCCUAGGGUCUUAGAAGGCCUUACAGUACCCACUCUUGCCACCUCUUGAGUUAGAGGUGCUCCUUGCAGUGCCCUCUUCUUGAAUGCAUGGAUUAAAUGUAACACCGAGCUUUGUUAGGGUGACUACGGCUAUGAUGAAGCACAUGACCAAAGCUCUUAGGGAGGAAAUGGUUCAUUUGGCUUAUGCUUCCACAUCACAGUUCAUCAUUAAAUGAAGCCAGGGCAGGAACCUGGUGGCAGGAACUAAUGCAGAGGCCAUGGAGGCCGGGAAGAAGUGCUGCUUACUGGCUUGGUCCUCAUGGCUUGCUCAGCGUGCUUUCUGAUAGAACCCAGGACCACCAGCCCAGUGGUGGUCCCACCCGCAAUGGGACCUCCUCCAUGGAUCACUAAGAAAAUGCCCUCAGGCAGGUCUUACAGAGGAAUUUCUCAGUUGAGGCUCCCUCCUCUCUGAUAACUCUAGCUUGUGUCAAGUUGACAUCCAACUAGCUGGUGCUGAGCUCUAUCUGUAAGCUACUAUCCACAUAUAGUCAUAGAAAUUAGCUACCCACUCCUCCUCACUGCCAAUCAUUGACCCAGUGAAACAACAAAGUGAAGUCCUCCUUGGUUUACUCUCUUUGACCCUGGCCCUGCUGUGCAGACUCCUUAUAUGUAGAUGUGAAUCACAGAAGGGAUGGCUGGUUUCUGCCUGUAUUUCUGAGUGUGUGUUGCCAGGUAGACAUGUUGCUUGCCUGUUGGUGGUCAUAACAUUCAUGUGACCAGUGACAAACCGGUGUGUCUCAUUUGUACAUGUGUGUAUUACUGAGCCUGUAAGGGUCUACAUCUCUGUUCAAGAGAGUUCCUCCACUCCCAGAUUUUGGAAGGUUACUCUAAGCUGGCUCCUUGUCUGUGUUCUUCUUUAUCCUUUACACCGGCCUCUCACUGAGAAGAUGUCUGUGGGCCUGUUGUCACCCUGCAGGCAUGCCUGUUACAUUUGUUCUUGCGUUAGGAACUCUGUGACCUGCAAACGGAAGGGCAAAUUCUAUGGGGGUUACUGCUUAAGCCUCACCACUCUGGAAGCCUCCUGUGCAUUUAUUAACAUAACUUUUAAAAGAAACAACCAAUGAUUAGUUAUGGAAAUUUACAGGAAUGUCUAUAUGAUCACUUAGAGAGUUCUGCAGCGGAGACCCUACAAUUAUAAAACGGUAUAAAGUACUUCUGAGUAGUGUUUGCUCUUUAUGGAUCUUGUUACAUCACCAAAAUGAAAUCACUACUGUGAAUUUACUACUAUGUAACCUUGUCAUAUCCCAUUAUAAAUAAAACAUGCCUUGUUUUUAA